AUGCGCAUCCCUCCUGACCCUCAAUCGAGCGAUUUGCAAGGCACCCGAACAUCCCUAACUGCUGACGAGUUCCUCGUCGUCGCCCGAUCCGGGGCUAGCGGGCGCGGGCUGAGCGGGUUGAUCAUGCGAGUGGCCGUCUCUAGGUCAUUUCUGAUUCGCACGCUGACGUCGUGGCGCCCUCGCGAUGUCUCGCAUAUCACCCGACUCCUAUCAGCGCCCGAGGAGGGAGGGAACCGCCGAUGGUGA